AUCUCUAGCGUGCUGUAACCACAGAAGCCUCCCCCUCGUUCUGUGUGUCUACGACCGAGUUUUGCGCCGUUGCCUUUUUGCCUUUUCGCCUUUCCAAUCUCCCGUUCCCCUCUGCUAAAGCUAACGCGGCAUUGACAGUCGACCACGUUCAUUUUCUUCUUUCUUUAGGAUCCUUCCUCUGUUACGAGAGUCUCGGCGACCAAUUGGCCUCUUUGCGAACGAGAACGAUACGCGCUUCAACAAACACAAGAGAGAGAGAGAGAGAGAGUGUGUGUGUGUGUGUGUGUGUCACGGUCGCGUCACUGUACACCACCUUCGCCGCCACAGGACCAACCGAAGUAGAUACGCGGGUAGAACGAGGAGCCUGUGGCGCUGUCGCAAACCGUCGCAAUGGCCGAGGAACUCGGCAACGACCCCGAGAUCGUGGAGGACGCUCCCGCGAACCCUGCCGCCGCCGAUGUCGAGAUGGAGGGCGUCGGGGGAGAUAACAACGCCAACGCCAACGCCAACGAAGGGGCCCUCCCCUUCGCCGAGGGCGGCGAGAACGACCCCGUCGAGCCGCGCACGACCUUUGUCAGCUACCUGUCGAGCCCCGUCGUGACUCUGCUGGUCGGCCAGGGCGAGUCGGAAGCCAUCGUCACGGCCCACCAAGCCCUGCUGGUGAAGAGCCCCUUCUUCAAGGAGGCCUGCGCCCAGUUCAGCGACGACGGUAGCCCGCGCCAGGUCGAGCUCGUUGGCGAGGAUCUCGACGCCGUCGGCUGCUUCCUCGAGUACCUCUACACGGGAGAGUACUUCCCCCGCAAGGUGGCCGGCUCGCGCACACUCGAGGAGGACCCCGCGACGCCCGACGUCGACACGGACGGCGCCCAGCUGCUCAAGCAUGCGCGCGUCUACACCCUGGCCGAGAAGUUUGGCGUGCCCGGCCUGCGCUCGCUGGCCAGCUCCAAGAUCCACUGCGUCAACUCGACGGCCAAGGGCGAGAUCGCCUACGCCCGCUACGUCUACGCCUACACCAGCAAGGACGACACCACCAUCCGCGCCCCCGUCGCCAGCUUCUGGGCCACCCGCUCCCACACCCUGCGCUCCGAGGCCGAGGAGGAGUUCCGCUCUCUGUGCCUGGAAUACCCCCAGUUCGGAUACGACGUGCUCACCCGUGUCCUCGACGAGAAGCUCAAGAGAGAGCGCAACGACAAGCUCCACCCUUCAUCGUCCACCGGCAGCGCCCGCAAGCGCGCGCGUCAUAGCCAGAUCUAGAGCAUCUUGUGAGAGGGGCAUUGGCGCGUUCAUUACGCGGGCGUCUGGUGUUCUGGGGCUACCACGUCGACUGUUCUUCUCCGCCUUCCCUAUUUUCUUCUUCUUUUUUCUUCUUUUGCGAAACGGCUCCGUAGUUCCAUUGUUUAGCGUCCAUCUGCCACAUGCGUAAACUGAUGCGAGUGAGAUGAUACCCGGCAACAAGCAAUCAUGUUUUGCUGUGCGAUGGCCAUAUGGGAAGUCCUGGAAAAGCUGGUUGGUACGGCUUCCAUUUACCAAUUUGCCGCGUUUGGGAGCGAGGAGCAUUGUGCGUAUAUGUACAUGUAGCCACCAUGAAGUAACUUCAUCUAUCCGCAAGUUGUCUUCUCUUCCUGAUAUCUGAGCCCCGGUGUUUGCACGUUGGAAACUCUCUGCGGCCUUU